UUAUCAGGUGUCUAUAAAACCGCGACAGCGCAGCGCGCACGCGCAUUCGCUCUACUCUUUCGCGCGUUGCACGAUCGAUUUCCCGCCCUUUGUUGUUUUCACCGGCGCGUGAGUUUCCACUACGCGUGUGAGGUACCGCUACCAAUAUGACGUCAAACGAAUUUAGGCUUGAACGAAAUGUGGAGCUGUCACCGGAAACAAAAGCUAUAGCCGAAAAGGAGUUGAGAGAAACACCAGAAAGAGUAAGAGAGGCUCUUGAAAGACUUAAGGAGUUACUUAAAGAGAACAAAGACAUAUAUUUUGGUGAAGAUGACGAGAUUCUCACCAUAUUCCUGCGACCCUGCAAAUGGUACCCGGAGAGCGCAUUGGCACUUAUGCGGCGAGUAGCUGACUUUAAGAAAGAAAAUGCGUGCUUGUUGGACGGUUUACUGCCUGAACAUGAAAUGGAUGCUUUUCUUGACCACAAAGUCGUUAACGUGCUAAAGGGACGUGACCACAAGGGCAGAAGAGUACUUAUGGUUAAUGUUGGAGGCUCAUGGGAUCCAAAGAAAGUGAAUGCUGAUCAGCUGUUCAGGCUAUUCUACUUAAUUCACGAGGCGGCCAUGUUGGAGCCAGAGUCGCAAGUUCGAGGGACAGUCGUUAUCAUGGACUUUUACAAUAUGGGUUGGAGUCAGACUAUGGGUCUGACGCCAUCUUUCUCAAAGCGUUUGCUGACAUUCAUCCAAGAUGCGAUGCCUUUACGGUUGAAGGAAGUCCACUUUGUCAAGGAGCCCAUGAUCUUCAACGUUGUAUGGAAGAUGUUCAAGCCCCUCAUUAGGGAGAAACUAAAGACUAGGAUAUUCUUCCACGGCUCCAAAAUGUCGUCGCUCCACAAGCACAUGGACGCAUCUCACUUGCCUGCGGACUAUGGCGGUGAAUUACCCGCCAUAGACUAUUCAGGUGCCGACUGGUAUCCCGUCAUCAACGAAGUCCUACCACACAUACAUAACUGGAACUCGUAUGGAUACGUUGAGAACAAGUAAUGCCCUAAAAUAAAAAAAAUAUAAAAUAUACUGGCAACUAAUUUGAACGCGGUAUUGUUUAGCCAAUGGCGUUUGUUCAUUUUUUUCCCGCAACGCUAUUGGCCAGAGAUAAUAAUACUUCAAUAUCAAUGUUCAAAAUAUUUGCUAAUUAUUGUACCAAGAUCAGAAAUUUGUAGAUAGACUAAGUUGACUGAGCCACAUUGUCAAGGAGCAAAUCCACCAAUCUAAUAAUAUUACAUAUUUCAUAUAUUAUGGCAAAUAAUGUUAUCUAUAUUGUUCGAUUCAUGUAUUCAUUCCAAUUUUAAUAAAUUGAACGAUGUAAGCAAUUAUGUAUAUCAGUAAAUGCUGAUCUAAUUGAUUAUCAGGAUAAGAAUUAUCGAGAUAAUACUGCUUCAACAUUCUAAACAAAUAAAAUUAAAUGAUUUAUUUUUAGUACAUCUCAAUUUUAUACGUUUAUUUAUUUAUUCAAGUUUUAUAUACUUAUGUAAACGUAGUUUGUUGAAUACUUUGUAAUCUCAAACCUUUCAUUCCAUAAUAUAAAUGUUUGUUCUUAGAUUUCUGGUCCUGGUAGAUAAAUAUUGCCAUAAUUAGGGGAAGUGUAGUUAGAAUUUGAGUAUUUUAUGAAAUUACAGUUGUAUGUUGAGCAUUAUUACAUUUUGUUCGAGUGAAUAAUGGCGAUACUGGAAUAUUAGGAAUUUCGUAUCUUCAGUUUUAUUCACAAGGAUGUGUUGAAUCAGAUUUGAUUGUUUAACUAUGAGGCAUUUGUAGAGCUUUAGUGACGUCGUUAUAAAAACGCACUUAGUUUUAGUAAACGUAAGGACCAAUAAGAAUAAGUUUU